UAUAGUAAAUUGACGGUUACGACUUGCGAGUCGCGCUCACGAGUUUGCAAAAAAGCUCAAGCUGUGCUUCUCAAAUCAUUUGCAAAUCCACGUCUCAGCUGACUCGACCCGACCACGUAUGAGAGCGAGUAAGAAAUAGUGCUAUUAGUUAGAAGAGCAACAAGGAUAAGUGUAAGCUAGUCGAGAACGGCUUAGUUCGGGUUGGUAAAGGUCUCUUUCUCUGGCUGCUGCGCUGUGCUGCUGUUGAUUUGGUUCGGACUUUUGACUGGCGCCUCCCCGCGAUCCGAAAGAUCACCGCGUGUAGUUAGACGAUAGCAUAGGGGCGAGCAGCUUUAAUGGUGGCCGUCGUGCAGUAGCCAGCCACUAAGAGUUCAGCAGGAGCUGCCACAACGACCUGGAUAAUUUAUUUUUCUAUUUUCUGAUCGGCCGGUAAGAAGUUUAAUUGAAGGAUGGCUGUAGCUGCCAGAGCGUUGUCUAAACUCACAGUUGGAAGUCGUGGUGGUAUUUUCAGGUCUCAAAUCAGGUUUAACUACACAGAAACCAGGAAGAAUCUAAAAAUUAACUGUGAAACUAAAGUCAUAUGCCAAGGCUUUACAGGAAAGCAAGGAACUUUUCACUGCCAACAGGCUUUAGACUAUGGAACAAAAAUUGUAGGUGGUGUCAAUCCUAAAAAAGCAGGCACUGAACAUCUUGGCAAGCCUGUAUUUAAAAAUGUUGCAGAGGCAAAACAAGCAACUGGAGCUACUGCAUCAGUGAUUUAUGUACCACCACCUGCAGCUGCAGCAGCAAUAAUGGAAGCUCUGGACGCUGAAAUGCCACUAAUUGUUUGUAUCACGGAAGGUGUUCCUCAACAUGACAUGGUAAAAGUAAAGCGGCGGCUACUAGAACAAAAUAAGUCUCGUCUUAUUGGGCCUAAUUGUCCUGGAAUUAUUGCUCCAGAACAGUGCAAAAUUGGAAUCAUGCCAGGACACAUUCAUCAGAGAGGUAAAAUCGGCAUUGUUUCAAGGUCAGGAACAUUAACCUAUGAAGCAGUAAACCAAACUACACUUACUGGGCUAGGUCAGACACUAUGUGUUGGUAUUGGUGGAGAUCCAUUUAAUGGUACAGACUUCAUUGACUGCUUGGAAAUAUUCCUGCAAGAUCCAGCUUGUGAAGGAAUUAUCAUGAUUGGUGAAAUUGGUGGUAGUGCAGAAGAAUUUGCUGCUGAAUACCUUACUCAAUAUAAUACUGGAUCGAAAGCUAAACCUGUUGUAUCAUUCAUUGCUGGUGUCACAGCUCCACCAGGAAGAAGAAUGGGUCACGCUGGUGCCAUCAUUUCUGGAGGAAAAGGCGGGGCUCAAGAUAAAAUUAAUGCACUAGAAAAGGCUGGCGUUAUUGUAACUAGGAGCCCUGCGCAAAUGGGAAACACACUAUUGAAAGAAAUGUGUCGUCGCGGUCUUGCUUAAAUUACGAGUUUAAAAUUUUUACUGAGAAAAAAUUGAAAAAACUGUAGUUUAUCUCAGUGUCCAUGUAUACUCGUGAAAUAAAUUAAACGCAUCCUUCCGAAAUUGUCAUUAAAACAGUGUUGGUGGCGUAAGCAGAGGAAUUAAUAUGGGGCAUAAACUAAUAAUACUCUAUUCACUACAUUAUUAUAAAAAUGAGUCGCUAUUGCUUCACUAUCACAUUUCAAUCAGUUGGCUUUUAAAGUUGGAGUAAUUGCGGUGCACUCAUUUUAUUUUUGCGCUGUACAGUGCCAGUAUGGUUGAUAGAGUUCUGCAACAAUUAUUCAUAAUUCUCAUCUUCAAAUAAGACAUAGCUGAGAAAUUGCUCCCAGCUUAUUAAUGAGACUAAACGACAAAGUCUGUUCUAACAUGUUUAAAGUUGAAUAUAACAAUGCA